AUGAGCACAAGCGGCAAGCCCAAAUCAGAAAUGACGGAGGAGGAGCUUCGUAAAAUGGAAGAGGUCGAAUUCAACACUGGCCCAUUGUCUGUUCUUCAACAAUCCGUCAAAAACAACAAUCAGAUCCUCAUCAGCUGUCGCAACAACCACAAGAUGCUUGCUCGCGUCAAAGCAUUCGAUCGCCACUGCAAUAUGGUUCUUGAAAACGUCAAAGAGAUGUGGACUGAGACUCCAAGAACUGGCAAGGGAUCCAAGGCUAAGCCUGUGAACAAGGAUCGUUUUGUGAGCAAGAUGUUUUUGCGUGGUGAUUCAGUUGUUCUUGUGUUGCGCAAUACUGUGUAG